GGCUCCUCGGGAACAUGAGUGGACGGGCCCGCGUGAGGGCACGAGGCAUCGCCCGCAGCCCCAGAGCCGCGGAAGUGGGGCGCACCCAGGCCUCGCCGCGGCCUACAUCUUUUGAUCUUAGUAACAAUGAAGCAUCCUCUGGCAGUGGUUGUAUGGGAACAAGCAGGAUUUCACAGGAAUGUAAGUAUGGCAUAUCCUCUGGUGAUGCUGGAAGUACCUUCAUGGAAAGAGGUGGGAAAAUCAGACAGGAUUUCAUGGAUUUGGCUGUCUAUACUAGAGAGAAAUUGGCCCAUGUGAAAGAUUGCAAAACAGGUUCCAGUGGAAUACCUGUGAAGCUGGCCACAAAUCUCUUUAAUUUAGAUUUGCCCCAGGACUGGCAGCUGUACCAGUAUCAUGUGACAUAUAUUCCAGAUUUAGAAUCUCGAAGGCUGAGAAUUGCUUUGCUUUAUAGUCAUAGGGAACUUUCCAACAAAGCAAAAGCAUUCGACGGUGUCAUCCUUUUUCUCUCACAAAAGCUAGAAGAAAAGGUCACAGAAUUGUCAAGUGAAACUCAAAGAGGUGAGACUGUAAAGAUGACCAUCACUCUGACAAGGGAGCUGCCAGCAAGUUCUCCCGUGUGCAUCCAGGUCUUCAGUAUAAUCUUCAAAAAGAUCUUAAAAAAGUUGUCCAUGUACCAAAUUGGACGGAACUUCUAUAAGCCUUCCGAGCCAGUGGAAAUUCCCCAGCACAAGUUGUCCCUUUGGCCUGGGUUUGCCAUUUCUAUAUCACACUUUGAAAGCAGGCUCCUAUUUAGUGCUGAUGUGAGUUAUAAAGUCCUCCGGCAUGAGACUGUUUUGGAAUUCAUGACUGGUCUCUGCCUGAGAACUGGCAUGUCCUGCUUUACCCAGACGUGUGAAAAACAGCUGAUUGGGCUCAUUGUCCUUACAAGAUACAAUAACAAAACCUAUCGCAUCGAUGACAUCGACUGGUCAGUGAAGCCCACGCACACCUUUCAGAAGCGGGAUGGGGCAGAGAUCACCUAUGUGGAUUACUACAAGCAGCAAUACAAUAUUACUUUAUCUGACCUAAAUCAGCCAGUGCUUGUUAGUCUGUUGAAAAGCAGGAGCAAUGAUAACGCUGAGGUUCGGAUGGCCCACCUGAUACCCGAGCUCUGCUUUCUUACAGGACUGACUGACGAGGCAACCUCUGAUUUCCAACUGAUGAAGGCUGUGGCUGAAGGAAUGCGUCUCAGUCCUCUGGAAAGGCAGCAGCGCCUAGCCAGGCUUGCUGAUGACAUCCAGAGAAACAAGGAUGCUCGUUUUGAGCUGGAGACCUGGGGGCUGCGUUUUGGAUGCCAGAUGUCUUUGACUGGCCGGGUUGUGCCGUCAGAAAAAAUAUUAGUGCGAGACCAAGUAUGUCAACCUGCGUCUGCUGCUGAUUGGUUCAAGGAUAUGCGAACUUGCAAGAUGUUAAGUGCACAGUCUCUGAAUAAAUGGUUGGUCAUUUGUAGUAAGAUAGCUGAAAAUGUGACCGAGAACUUUCUGACCUGCUUGAGAAGAGUUGGAAGUUCCAUGGGAUUUAAUGUGGACUACCCCAAAAUCAUAAAAGUACAGGAAAAUCCAGCUGCGUUCCUUAGUGCUAUACAGAAACAUAUCGAUCCUGAUGUUCAGUUGGUAAUGUGUAUUCUGCCUUCUUAUCAGAAGAGCUAUUAUGAUUCCAUUAAAAAAUAUUUGAGCUCAGAUUGCCCAGUCGCAAGCCAGUGUGUGCUUGCCCGGACCUUGAAUAAACAGGGCAUGCUGAUGAGUGUCACCGCUAAGAUUGCCAUGCAGAUGACCUGUAAACUCGGAGGCGAGCUGUGGGCUGUCGAGAUCCCUUUAAAGUCCCUGAUGGUGGUCGGCAUUGAUGUCUGUAAGGACGCAUUCAACAAGGGAAUGACAGUGGUUGGAUUUGUGGCCAGUAUGAACCCCAGAAUCACCAGGUGGUUUUCCCGCUGUAUCCUUCAGAGAACAACAACUGAUGUUGCAGAUUGCUUAAAAGUUUUCAUGACCGGAGCACUCAACAGAUGGUACAAACACAACCAUGGUUUGCCAGCACGGAUAAUUGUGUACCGUGAUGGUGUAGGGGAUGGUCAGCUAAAAACACUUAUUGAGUAUGAAGUUCCACAGCUGCUGAGCAGCGUGACAGAAGCAUGUUCAAAUACCAGCUCCAAACUAUCAGUGGUCGUGGUCAGGAAGAAGUGCAUGCUGCGAUUCUUUAUGGAAAUGAACCAGACCUUACAGAACCCACCACUUGGCACCGUGGUGGAUUCAGAAGCAACUCGUUCUGAAUGGUAUGACUUUUACUUGAUCAGCCAGGUGGCGUGUCAGGGAACUGUUAAUCCCACCUACUAUAAUGUCAUCUACGAUGACAACAGCUUGAAGCCUGACCACAUGCAGAGACUUACAUUCAAACUGUGCCACCUGUACUAUAACUGGCCGGGCUUAAUCAGUAUCCCAGCGCCAUGUCAGUAUGCACAUAAGCUGACCUUUCUGGUGGCCCAAAGCAUUCAUAAAGAACCAAGUUUGGAAUUAGCCAAUUCUCUCUUCUACCUGUGAUGACGUGAACCAUUGGCAUCCCUACAGGAGGAUUCCGAGGAGUAGUUGGUAUACUUUGUACAAAUCUGCCGUGAGCUCCCCGCUGUGACUGGGGAAAGGAGAUCGAGCUUAGUUUUAACUUCUGG